GCAUGCCAGGAAGUGAGACUACCAAUGGCUGGAAUGGCAUUCCCUCUCUACUGAUGACUGCAGGUCCAACCCGUAAAAUGCCUCCAACUGCCAGCGUCAUGGACUUUUUUCAGCUAUUUGUCCCUGACAAUGUACUAAAGAACAUGGUGGUGCAAACCAAUAUGUAUGCCAAGAAGUACCAGGAGAGAUUUGGCAGUGAUGAUGCUUGGGUGGACGUCACACUAACCGAAAUGAAAGCCUUCCUAGGCUACAUGAUAUCAACGAGCAUUCACCACUGUGAGUCUGUCCUCAGCAUCUGGAGCAGUGGAUUCUACAGCAACAAGAGCAUAGCACUUAUCAUGACACAGACCCGGUUUGAGAAGAUCCUGAAGUACUUCCACAUUGUGGCCUUUCGCUCCAGCCAGACAACGCAUGGCCUCUACAAAAUCCAGCCAUUUCUGGACUCCUUACAGAAUGGCUUCGACUCUACUUUUAGACCUUCUCAAACCCAGGUACUUCAUGAGCCACUGAUUGAUGAAGACCCAAUCUUCAUUGCCACAUGCACAGAGAGAGAGCUACGCAAAAGGAAAAAGCGGAAAUUCAGCUUGUGGGUCCGGCAGUGUUCGUCUACUGGCUUCAUCUGUCAGAUUUACGUCCAUCUCAAAGAAGGAAGUGGUGCCGAUGGACUGGAUGCUCUGAAGAACAAGCCUCAGCUCCACAGUAUGGUGGCCAAGAGCCUUUGUCAGAAUGCAUCAGGAAAAAACUACAUCAUCUUCACUGGCCCUAGCAUUACCAGUCUGAACCUUUUUGAAGAAUUUGAGAAACAAGAGAUUUAUUGCUGCGGGUUGCUGAGCUCCAGGAAGAGUGACUGCACAGGCCUACCUCCGUCCAUGCUGAAUAACCCAGAUGCUCCCCAGUCCAGAGGACAGUACAGAAUAAAGAUGAAGGGAAACAUGUCCCUAAUCUGCUGGUAUAACAAAGGGCAUUUUCGUUUUCUCACUAAUGCCUAUUCUCCAGUUCAACAAGGAGUUAUAAUAAAGAGGAAAAGUGGAGAGAUCCCGUGCCCACUGGCAGUAGAAGCUUUUGCUGCUCAUCUUAGCUACAUCUGCAGAUAUGAUGACAAAUACAGCAAGUAUUUCAUUUCUCAUAAACCAAACAAGACCUGGCAACAAGUGUUCUGGUUUGCUGUCAGCAUUGCCAUAAACAAUGCCUACAUCCUCUACAAAAUGUCAGAUGCCUAUCACGUGACAAGGUACAGCCGGGCACAGUUCAGUGAGAGACUUAUAAAGGAGCUGUUGGGCUUGGAGGACACUUCACCUUCUCAUUGAUGCAUUGUUCCUUGUGGCUUAGGUAGGGAUGGAGGGUAAGCAGAAGAGGAGACCAUCAUUCUGGAAUGUCAAAGCAGGGAACUUGUGACACCACCAAUGCUGCUCCCUAUGUGAAAAUGCCAAGUGAUGCCACUAGAAGGGUGGAGACUGUUAAAAUUAGCAGCUGGCUUUAGAGGUGUCCUACAGAAAGUGCCACAGGAAACAUCCACACAUAAUUACAUAUGAAUGCUCUGCGGGUAUCUGUACAUCAGAAUUGAUUUUAAGUUAGCAAUUUCUCAGUAGCACUUGUUGAACAGAUAACAUCUGUUGAGCAGGGUCAUCUCAUUAAGAUUCCCUUUGGGCUAAACUAGGAGGUUGUCACAAGCUGGUAGAGUUCAACAGUCCUCAUGGGGAAUUAACUUGCUUGGAGGUCUUUUAACUCUGAGACCACCAAGGUUGGCCUAUGCACUGCAGUAUGGCUGCGAAUGCCUAGCACCUUGUAAGGAAUCACUGCAGUUAUGAUAUGGUCAAAGAGAAGCAACAGAUAUGUAUGUAUAUACUGAACUUUAACAGACAAAAGCAACCAGGACUUUGAUGACUGGUUAAGAUUACCUUCCUCCCACCAUCCCCCUGAAUGCAAGGCAAUCAGGUUGCAGUAUGGGACAAGAUUUAGGAAAUAAUCACAUUGGGGAAUUUUUUUAAACACUAUCAAAGUUGAGUCUUGAAAUCUGGUAAUAUUGCCUUUUGUAACAUCCAUACUCCCAGUGUCCAGGGGUGAGAAAUCUCAGAGUAUAUAGCAACUAUAUUCUCCUGGAUUUCAUUGUAUCUUUAGGUUCUUCUAAGUGUUGCUUAAGGCCUGACAUGACGGACUGUUUAAGUUUCUAUCACCUAGUAUAUUUGUUCUCUUUUCCCCAUAUUUAAAUAUCAACUUACUUUUCAUCUUAGGUUUCAUUUCCUAGUGACACACUUGACAAGAAAGAAUAAUUCACGGAUAGCGUGAUUUGCAUUAUCACUGUGGGGUGUUCUGUAGAAAUUCUUCUUAGAAUUUGAAAUUUGUCACAGUAGCUUAUAAUUUUGCAAAUUUAUAUGCUUAGAAAAAUGUAACUUUGUUAAAAAAAAAAAAAAAAAGUUCUGGUGCAACCAGAUGCUAAAUGUCCCUGAAUAGAAUAAAACCCAAAUGCAUUUCUUGUCCUGAGUGAGUCUCUAGGAGGUAGAAUCACUUUGAGUUUGCCCAGCCUGGUGCCAAUGUUUCAUAGAGGAGAGAUGCCAUGAUUAAAUGCUUUUGCUGUAGGCAGUGGAUUCUGCUGAAAACAAGAGGAAAAAUGGUAGGAAUGGUCAAAAAGUGACAAUGAAGUGAAAUUUGCUUUUCCUUUUAUCACAUUAUUGGGCUAUGGGCUUAACUAAACUAGAACAUUGUGAACAUUAGUUUGAAAUUAGUAAGAAAUUGUAAUGAGCAAUUCACUUACAGGGCACAAAUAUGCAUCUUUUCUUUGGGUUGGACUGACUUGCAUUGAAGGCAAUAGGAAAGCUGUCAUGGAUGGGAGUAGGAUCAGGCUUUGAUAAGGUAGUUAAUGCUCAUGUUUAGAGGGACACAACCAGUUCUAGUUCAAGAAUUUGGACAGGUAGCAAACCCUUAUAAAAUCUCUGUGCUGUUCAAGUAUCAUCAUUAAAAAGUUGUGUUGGGCUUUUUACAGUCAGCAGCAUUACGCUGCGCUUGUACCUUGCCCUUCUAAUAAGGAGGUAUUUCCAAUGAGACAGUCCCUGAAGGCCUAUCUAACUUCAUUGUCUAAGUGCCAUCAAUGUGAGGAAAAGAUAAAUGUGAAUUAACAAAAAUGUAUUUGAUCCCUGGUGCUAAGAGUGCAAGAGUGUUUUAAAUGAGCUGUGUCUCCCCUGAACCUGCUGUUGUGGUUCAGUGGCAGCAUCCAUGUCUACCACGUGGGAGACCUGGGCUUGAUCCAUGCAUGCAGCUAUAUCCAUUUGAGAUGCUGAAUAUCUGAACUCAUUCUGGCCUUUAGAUCCUGUCUCAAUGGUCUAAAGUGAGGAUGGGGGGUCUGGGUAGCCCCUACUCCUCCCUGGGCGUGUGUCAGGUCUGGAUGAACUCUCACUUAUACAUCAUGAUCCAGAAGGAUUGACACUUGCCUACUACGUGCUCCCUGACCCCAGUUACCAUACAGGAGGGGUUUAAAAGAUAGCAAAUGGCUAAUUAGGGGUAGGAAUGAUAUACUUUUAAAAAAAUCCAUCUAUUGGACCACAUAGUGUCUAUAGUUUGAGGGGUUGUGGUGGAGGGGAGGAGUUUGACAAAUGUCAGUUUUUUGCCAUAUUUUCCCAUGUUCUCUGAUAACCGUUGACAUUCUCCUUCCCAUCAUCGAGGCCCCUUCUGUCCCUACUAUCCUGUGAUCUUCACAUAAGCAAAGAAGAUGGGACCCUCACAGGUUGUCUUGUAUGCAGUGAACCAGGCUCAGCCCCUUAAAACCAAGAUAGAUUUGUCAAAUACUGCAUUUACUUACUACUUAAUAGUAAGCAAAAACAGAUAGGUUGGUGAUAAAAUACCACUGAUGGCUAAAGUAGGUGAAUGGGGGGCCUGUAGUGAGGCACCACAGUCAGUUUUUCCAGAGGCGUGAAAACCUAUGACACUUGGCCUAGGAAAACUGAGCCCAGGUAUAGAUAGAAGUACUUGAAAUUAGUUGAAGGUGCUGCCCUAAAUUAGCAUGUAAGGAGUAGGUAUAUGCUGGUUGUGUCCUGUAGUUUCAAAAUGUUGCCAAAAUUCAUCUGAUGAGCUGGUGCAAAUUAUAUAAAAUCACCCAGAAAAGAGCUGACCAGAACAGCUUUUCUUCAUUUGUCUCUAGUGCAAGAGCACUUCUAAGAAAGCAUGGGUCCAAUCCUCCAACAUGCUGACCAUUUCCUGUGAGGAAAUACAGUCCCAAGUACUCACUGGCAUGAGCAAUAGGCAAAGCCUUUCAAGAUAUCACCGGAAAUACUCAGCACUGUACAUGAUUAAGCCUCAAAACAGCUAGAUAUGUUCCACCUAUUCUUUAGCACUUGGCCUAAAUGAAUCUGGCCCAUAUAACAUAGAAAUGAUUGGAUGUGGCCCAUAUACUAUGGAAAUGUGAUUUUAUUUAAAUGGCAAUGUAGCCAAGGCCUUAGAAUAUAGCUUUCCACAGAUGUCUUCUGCUUGUGAUAUAGACUGCUUAAGCUUAAGUUAUACUAGUCCUUAUUUUUGCCUCAGGGAUUGGCUCCUGAGUAGUUGUCCCUUGAGCUGGUGUUGACAGGGGAUUACACAGUGGCUGACUAUUACAGGGAAGAUGCUUUAUUCUCCUCUGGAGAAGGAGAACAACCUAAGACAGAAACAAAGCAUGACUUUGCAAUGAAUGUGAAUCCUCCAUACCCAACCCUUUCCCAUAACUUUCAAUCAGUUUUCUAAAGAUGCAUAAACAUCCAUUAAAAUACUGCAAAGAAACCAAGACAAAAAAAUCUACAUAUGACAUAUGAACUCUGGGUUGCAUAGCCUACAAGCAAAAAUCACCAAAGUGUAGCCUACAUGAUUAAAAUGACUGAGCCAUCAUAUAUUUCCCAUUCUUUUUAUGGGUGUGGGGGGAAGAAAGAGUGAGGAAAGUUACUCAAAUAGCAUCUCACACUUCCAUUUUGAAUAUCACAAACCAUGGAAACUAGCUGGUUUUAAAACACAAAAACAAAACUUUUGCUUGAUUAAAGCCAUUCAGUGUCAACAGCAGUUCAGAUUCUGUAGUCUUUCAUCUCCCCCUUGCUGUAAACUAGCUUUUGUGAUUUCCCCCACCCAAGUAUAAAUAUACGGUGCUUACUUUCAGAAGUCAAUACAAAUGAAGGGUUAAGUGUCAAAACAUUGCAAGAUGCUAUUGAUGAUAUUGUAUAAACACGGUUUAUAUAAUGAUUUGUAGAAUGAUACUGGGGUAUGCUUUGUAUCAUCAAGAUAUUUGGGGUAAAGAUCUUUAAGUCAGGCAUUCAUUAAAAGUAAGGGAAGUACCAGUUAGGCAAGAGCAUCAGGUGGAGACCUUUCAGAAAGAGGACAUAGAAAAUGGAGCAGAUGGGGACAGGAAGGCUUCUCUCUCUUCUGCUGAAUUUGGCUUCGUACAGCAUGUAAUUCUGAGUGUUGAAAGCUCUUUGUUUGUCAGAGUAUGCAAACUGCUUCAAAGAAUUAAGAACGUCAGUGUGAUAUGCAGACCACAUUCUAUGCACAGCACUUCUUCCAAGGAGUUUUUUUUCACGUCUUGUCGAGACUCGUAUUUGAAAAAGAUCAAUGUUACAUGUUAUAAUGAACCUAACAUUCACUGCAGCUAAAAGCCGAUGUGAAAUCUUGCUCUAUUACAGUCUGCUCCGUCGUGGAAAACUCCACUAUAAGGGCUUGCAGGAACUCUGACCUUGUUGCUUUUUAUCUCAGCUCAUUUGUGUGCUUGACGAGUAAGGGAACAAUUUCAAGAAAUCGCUCUCCUGUUUCCCUUUUUGUGUGCAGUAGCUGUGCUUUAAGCAUCCCUUCUAAUGCCUGUUCUCAUUUCUCUUUCAU